ACCGAGAAUCAACGAUGCCAAUGAGAGAGCUUCUACGCAAAACUCAACAGCUACUCAUGUCCAUACGUCACUGCCUCCACUACCCCGCGAUCACGGAAAAAUCGAUUGCCAUAAUCAAUCUUCUUUCCUUCCCUCCUUGUAAAAUAAAUAACUUAGCAACAAGUAUCCAGCAACCAUGGCCAAACCUAUUGUCUUUUUUGACAUCGCAAUCGAUGGCGCGCCCAAGGGCCGCAUCACCUUCGAGCUCUUCUCCGACAUCACACCCAGGACCGCCGAGAACUUCCGCGCCCUUUGCACUGGCGAAAAGGGAUUCGGAUACAAGGGAAGCUCUUUCCACCGUGUGAUCCCGGAGUUCAUGCUGCAGGGUGGUGACUUCACCCGUGGAGAUGGCACCGGCGGUCGAUCGAUCUACGGCGAGACGUUCCCCGACGAGAACUUCCAGUUGAAGCACACUGUCCCCGGUCUUCUCUCCAUGGCCAAUGCUGGCCCGGGCACAAAUGGCUCUCAAUUCUUCAUCACCACUGUUCCCACCCCUUGGUUGAAUGGAGCCCACGUUGUCUUUGGCAAGGUUAAGGAGGGUAUGGAGCUGGUCAAGCUAAUCGAAUCCUACGGAUCCGAUGAGGGUGACACCAGUGCCAAAAUCCAAAUUAUCGAGUCUGGUCAGCUUUCAUGAUUGAAUACAUUACUUGGGGGUCAGCAUUGAGGAUGGAGGAAUGGAAGCUGGGAUGAAUGAUAGUCAUAAGAAUUGAAAUCCCAGAUAGCAAGCUUGGCUAUUCAUUAUAGCCAAUACAGGAUUUGCCCACAGUAGCUGUUUAAACGGUAAUGAAGCUGAAGCUCUGGGACGUAUAUUCGGGGUGGUGCACCAGGUGAAUAACUGUAGAGUACGCUAUCAGAGUAACAAAGUUGACUUAGC